AUGCAGGAAUCGGCUCAGAUGGCGGCCUGGAUCGCGGCGACAUCCCGCGCGCAGCCAAAUUUCCGUCCCAAAGACAAUGAGUCAGUGCAGCUUGGGACUCAAAGGCGCGCGCUCAUUUCACAAAACCGUCGCGAGAUCUGGGUAACUAUUGCUUCGUAUGAUAAUGACUACGUUGAUUAUAUCAGUGGCAACGACCCGAGCGCGAGCAAAAACCCGUUCAUGACCAUGAAACGCUAUGGGCCUUUUCCUAUCGAGGACGGAGACCAUGUCAAGGCUUUGUGUCACAUGCUACUUGCUCUUUCGGUGCAGGGCGCGGUUUUAGACAAGGUAGAAAAGAAUGAAUAG